AUGUCGGGAGCUCUGAGCACAAAUCACGGCAUCUCUUUCGGCCUUCAAAACAAACUUACUGGCCUCGAUUACGCUGAUGACAUCUGUUUACCAACACAUAAAUUUUCCCAGAUGCAAAUAUCGUUAAACAACAUCGCAAAGCGUGCAGUGGCAGCUGGUCUGUCAAUCAAUAUCAACAAAACUAAGUCUAUGCGUCUCAAUUCAAACUGCUCAACGAAGUUUCAACUAGAUGGCUCCUACAUCGAAGAUGUACAAAGUUUCUGCUAUCUGGGAAGCUACAUUUCGAACAACGGCGGCAGUCGGCAAGACAUUCAGCACAGGCUAUCGAAAGCGAAGCAAGCGUUUGGAACCCUUAACAAAAUCUGGCGUUCGUCCAACAUCACACAACGCACUAAGGUACACAAUGCAAACGUACAAUUAAAUUUACUAUAUGGUGGUGAGAGUUGGAACCUAACGGCAAGAGAUGCACAACAGUUACAAGCCUUUGCCAAUCGUUGUCUACGACGCAUCCUUCAUGUAUUCUGGCCAGCAACCAUAACCAAUAAUGAGCUCGGGUUUAGAACGAAUCAGCCUCUUAUAACUGAUGAAAUAAUGAUGCGCAAAUACAAAUGGCUUGGCCAUAUGUUAAGAAAACCCGCUGAUGAUAUCGCAAGAAAUGUCUUAGAUUUCAACCCUCAAGGCAGUAGAAGACCAGGGCGUCCGCGCAAUACUUGGAAGCGACAAACUAAAGCCGAAUUAAGAAAUGCUGGAAAGAGCUGCAGUGAAACAAAACGUCUUGCAUUAGAUAGAGUAUCCUGGAUACGUAAACGUGACUUACACAUACUUACCGUUGGCAUAUUAACAUACACAAAUGACCAAAGAUUUCAAUCGCUACAUACCGAAGGAUCAGAUGAAUGGACAUUGAGAAUAUCAUCACCUCAGCCAAGAGAUUCGGGUACAUAUGAAUGUCAAGUAUCAACUGAACCAAAAAUAAGUCAAGGAUUUCGACUCAAUGUAGUGGUUUCACGUGCUAAAAUUCUGGGCAAUGCAGAGCUUUUCAUCAAGAGCGGCAGCGACAUAAAUCUUACAUGUCUGGCUAUGCAAUCUCCUAUACCGCCGUCUUUUAUUUAUUGGUACAAGGGGAAACGUGUAAUGAAUUACUCACAACGCGGCGGCAUCAACGUCAUAAUGGAACGUUCGACGCGCACAAGUAAAUUAUUGAUAGCGAAAGCAACUCCUGCCGAUUCGGGGAAUUAUACGUGCUCGCCAAGCAGUUCAGGUCUCUAG